CUUGGGCAGACUCCAUGGGACAGCUGGCCUGCUGGCUGGGGCACCUUGGGAUAAUCACGCUGUCACUUGCUAUGUGCGCAUACCGUGUGUCUGGAGUCUUUUCUUUCAUUUCACCCUCACCACGGCCCUGUGAGAAGGAGCAUCAUUGACUCAAUGGACCUGAAUUGGAGCAAUCUCUGGAGAUGGUGAAGGACAGGGAAGCCUGGCGUGCUGCAGUCCAUGGGGUCCCAAAGAGUCAGACAUGACUGAGCGACAGAACAACAGUCAGAAGGAGCAACACAUGCACAGAGCUUGGGGUGUUCAAGGAAACCCUGAUGAGCCAUGUGGACAUGGGGGUCCCGGCUGCCACCCAGGACCCCCCACGACGCCCUCAGUGAUGCCCGUUCGCCCUGACUGGCUGGCUCAGUGCCGUGCCCCCAUCUGCGGUCCUCGGGGGCUCCUCUGAGUCCCCGCCCACGUCGGCGCCCCCAUGGCGGGCCGGGGGCGGGUGAGCAUGCGGGAGCACAUGGCUAUCGACGUGAGCCCGGGCCCCAUCCGGCCCAUCCGCCUCAUCUCCCACUACUUCCCACACUUCUACCCCACCGCUGAGCCCGCCCUGCGCCCCCCAGACCCACGCCCCCCAGGGACCCCCGUCCGCUCUGCACCCCAGCCCCAGCCGGACCCAGAGCCAGAGGGAGACUCAGACGACAGCACCGCCCUCGGCACCCUCCAGUUCACGCUCCUUUUUGACGCGGACAACAGCACCCUGCACUGCACGGCCCACCGUGCCAAGGGCCUCAAGCCUCUGGCCUCAGGCUCCGUGGACACCUUCGUCAAAGCCAACCUGCUGCCCGGGGCCAGCAAGGCCAGCCAGCUGCGGACGCGCACGGUUCGGGGCACACGGGGGCCUGUCUGGGAGGAGACGCUCACCUAUCAUGGGUUCACCCUCCAGGACGCCCGGCGCAAGACCUUGCGGCUGUGCGUGUGUGAAGACCCGUGGCUGCGGCGACGGAGGCGGGCGCCUCCCCUGGGAGAGCUGCGGGUGCCCCUGAGGAAGCUGGUGCCCAACCGGGCCAGGAGCUUCGACGUGUGUCUGGAGAGGCGGAGGCUGACCAAGAGGCCCAAGAGCCUGGACACAGCACGCGGCAUGUCUCUGUAUGAGGUCGGUGGGACGUGGGACCCAAGGCGGGGCGGUGCUGGGCAGGGCUCCGUGCCCAGGGGAGCGCAGAGAAACCGAGGCCCUCUCUCCCUCCGGGCCCGUGAACACUCGUGGUCUCAGGGGGACAGCCAGGCCCCAGGAGCUGUGGGGCACAAGGCCUCGGCGGGGGGCAGAGACACAGGCCAGCUUGAGACAGAAGCUGGAGCUGGGCGGUUGGUCAGUGACGCGCGCGGGCGGGACAGGUCAGAGUUCAGGGGAGAACGGCAGUGGUGGGCCCACGGCCACUAGGCCUGCCCCGGGGGCAGCGUGGGUACCGCUCCUGGGCUGGGCGCUCUGGACCGGCCCUUGUCAGGAGAGGUGAAGGUGACCGCAAGGGAUUUGCAGGACGAAACCAGAGACCUGGCCAGGGUGCCUGCAGCCCAGGGCCCCAGGGACCCGCAGAGCUGUGGCAGGGCCCUCCGCCUACCCAGCUCCCCCGGACCUAAGGGCCAGGCCUUGCUGCUCUGCCCCCUGGUGGAGCCUGUGACCGUCAGUCAAGUCCAGGCUGGGGAGCCCUCCCGGGGGAGCAGCCCUACCACAAGCCCUCCCCGUCCCCAGACCCCCCACAGCAGCCCCCCGGCACCUGGCCGGCACUCACGGAGCACCCCCUUACUGAGAACUGAAUGCAAGCAAGGCGGUUGGGCUUUCUGCAACUCAAACCCCACAUGAGGUGUGGGAGAAGCACAUUCUUUCCGGGGUAUCCUGAAUCCUUCUGGAAGCACCAGGGGCUGAGGGGGCAAAGGGCAUUCAGGAUCUGGCCCCUGGGCUGUGGGGUGUGAGGGGAGAGGGUCUUGCAGCUGACGAGGCCUGUGUGUGCUUUGAGGAGCGGUGAGCCUCUGGGAGCUGCUUCCAGGCUUCCCUUGAGGGGCUUCCCCGAGAGGGAAGAGACGGGCCCCUAAUGGAAGGCCACCUAGGAAGCUCCUACGCAUUUGUGACCCUCAGAGACAUCAGUUCCCUCCCCCUCCAUGACAAACACUGCUGCAAAUGGUCGGUCAGGUGACCCGGACAAGCCCCCUCCCCUUCUCAGGCCCUGGAGGGUAGAGCUGACCUGGAAGUCUCAUUCCAGGGCACUAAGUCAGUGACAGUAUCAGGAAAUUGAACCACACAAUCGAACAUCAGCCCCUGAUUUCUUUGCGGCCAGUUUGAGUUCUCCUGUCCGGGUCAAUACUGGUGGGUGGCUGGAUGG